ACCCGCGGGGCGGGCCCCGGUGGUUCCUCGGCGGGGGCUCAGGGCCGCAGAGCGCGGCUGUGCCAGAGGUGGGCAAGGCGCGGAACCCUCGGGCGGGCGGGGCACGCCUGUGGCAUUGCCUCCGUCUCGGGCCAAGCUCAGCUGCGUCCCCGACCCUAAGGACGGGGCGGUCGCGGCUGGAGCGCUGAGGCUUGGGCGUGUGGUUCUUCGUUUCUCGGGGCUUGGCAAAGUCGGAACCUUCGCCAGCGGCAGUCGGCGGCCGCGUUCCUUGCGAGUUCCUCUGCUGCCCCCAGCGCCGGUUUGAAAGAAUCUUCUCCUUGUGCCCUUCCUGUGCCGUGCUCGGGGCAGCCCCAUCCUGCGGCCCUGAUCCUCCUCAGGCAGCCCGGGCGCUGCGGAGAUGACUUCCGAGAGUCUCCGGAACAGCAGCGAAGGGUCUGGGAAGGAACCUAAUAGACUGGCCACAAUGUCUGUUCAUGGCACAAGGGUUGCUGCUCUCCUUGCUUGGGUGAACAGCACAAAGAUUUGUCCUGAUCCCCUCAGUGAUCUGUCCCAGCUCCAGGACUGUAGUGUCUUCAUCAGAAUUAUCCACAAAAUCCACGGGAGCAAGGAGGGGGAGUCUGUGCUGGAGCAGCCACUGCCAGAGAGGAUCUCCUUCAUCCAUGGUUUCCUGCAGAAGCACUGCCGGCACAAAUUGGCUGCAGAAAACCUUGUCUCUGCACAGAAACUCCUGGAUGGAGAGGAGCUGGCGCUGGCCAAGGUGGCCGUGCUGCUCCUGUAUCACACCGCCAUGAGUUCCAAGAACUCUGGGGACUGGAAGGAAUUUGACUACAAGACCCAGGUUGAACUAGCAUCAAUUGUCAAAUUUGUGCUGGAUAACGAGGAGUGCCUGAAUGAGAAUCUGGAGUCUUUUCUGCAGAGGAAAGCAGAGGCAUCCUUGUCCAGUGUGUUCAGCAGCAGCUCUGAGGAGCAUUCCCCACUGUUCUCUCUCCCGCACAAGCGAGAGGUGCAUUUCCUGGAGCUGCAGAGGAUUGCCUCCUUCCCCAGCACCAACCUGCCCAGCACUCCAUCUUCGCCCAUGGGGGACAUCAUGCAGACCCCCCAGUUUCAGCUGCGGCGGCUGAAGGAGCAGCUGGCUUUUGAGAGAAAGAAACAGGAGGAGCUGGAGGAGGAGGUGGUGGAGAAUCACAAGCUCAUCAUGGAGAAGGAUGCUCAGAUCACCACAAUGCAGCAGCGGAUUGAUCGCUUGGUAAAGCUCAGUGAGAAGCAAACUGAAGACCGGCUGGAGCCCAAAGAAAUGGAGGAGCUGAGGGAGAAGAAUGAGAGCCUGGUGGGGCGCCUGCAUGAGGCCUUCAGGCAGUGCCAGGACCUGAAGACUGAAAAAGCCCAGAUGGACCGAAAAAUCAACCAGCUCUCUGAGGAGAAUGGGGAUCUUUCCUUCAAGCUGCGGGAGAUCGCCAGCAAUAUGGUCCAGCUGCAACGAGCCCUGAAUGAGCUCUCAGAGGAGCACAACACUGCCAUGGCACAGUCGCAGGAAAAGCAGCGACAGCUGGAGAAGGAGUUGCAUGCAGCCCUGCAGGAUAAGAAAUGCUCAGAAGAGAAAAUCGAGAUUCUACAGGGAAAGAUUUCUGUGCUGGAGGACCAGUUGGCCAAGCUGGAGGAGUGCAGCACCCAGGAGAAGGGAGAAGUCAUGGGGGACAUUUUGAAGCUGGAGGAGCUGAAGCAGGAAGUUUCCAGCCUCACGGCCAAAGGACUGGAGCUGGAGGAGGAGAAGCGGCAGCUGACCAGCCUUGUCACCAGCCUCCAGAACUCCCUCUCUGAGAGCCACUGGGCCCAAGAGAGACUGAAGCGAGACCUGCCGGCACAGGCUGCCGAGGGCCAUGCUGAGCGGCUGGCUGCCCUCAGCGUCCAGCAUGAGCAGGCCCUGAGGGAAAGGGACUCUGCCCUGCAGCAGCUCCAGCAGGCCAACACAUCCCUUCGCAGCCAGCUGCAGACUGUGGAUGAAGAAAAGGCUGCACUGAGCCGCAAGGUCGGUGAACUGGAAGCCCAGAUCCUGGAGCUGGGUGCCCAGCAGCAGCAGGGAGUGGCAGCAGAGGCACUGAAAACCCAGCUGCAAGAGCUGGAGGGCAAGCUAAAGGAGAGCCAACAGAGGCUGGCUGAGAGGGAGAAGCUGGCCCGGGAGAACAGCCGCCUGCAGGAGCAGCUGCUCUUCCUGGAGGAAUCCCUGCGGAACACUGAGGGUAUAUUGGAGGAUGAGAAGAGACGGGCAGCCGAGUGCCUGGAAGGCAACCUGGCCAGGAUUGCUGAGCUGGAGGCAGAGAGACAGCAGCUGGUUCAGGGCCGGGAGCUAGCUCUUCCAGGGCAGGGCGAGGAGCUGGCCACACGCCAGUUGCCAGAGGAGAGCCAGGAGCAGCCCGUGGGAGCCUCUCCCGCUGCCCGAGGGGAGGACAAAGAGUGCAGGCGGCUGAAGGAGGAAAUACAGGCGCUGAGCCGAGAGCACAGCCGGACCUGUCAGCAGCUGCAGGCUGAGCAGGAGAAGGUGGAAGCCCAGGCAGAACGGCUGGCUAGCCUCCAGGCUGACUUGUCCAGCACUCAGUCAUGGGCAAAGGAGAAGGAGAGUGAGGAGCAGAGGCUGAGGGCUGAGAUUUCAUCCCUGCAGGAGAAGAUGGCUGUGGCAGAGCAAACAGCAGCCCAGCGUGUGGCCAAGCUGGAGGUGGAUGCCCAAAGAACUGCUGAGGCACUGGAGGGAGUCUCCCAGCAGCUGUCCCAGGAGAAGCUCAAGUCCAAGGAGUUGGAAGGCACCGUGGAUCAGCUGCGGAUUGCAGAGAAGGAGCUGGUGUCCCUCCGCUCUGCCAUGCAGGAGAAGGAGAGCUGGAAGGAACAAGUGUCCCAGUGUGUCCAGGAGAUGGAGAGGAAGAACAGCCUGAUCAGCAGCCUGGAGCAUGAAGUCUCCAUCCUCCAUCACCAGGUGACAGAGAAGGAAGGGGAGAGCAAGGAGCUGAAACGCCUGAUCCUGGCUGAGUCAGAGAAGAGCAAGAAGCUGGAGGAGAGGCUGCGAGUGCUGCAGACAGAGAUGGCCACCGCAGCCUCCCGUGCAGCUGAGAGGUGCUCAUUGAUGAAGGUGGAGGUGCAGCGGUGCCAGGAAGAGAUGGAGAAGCAGCGGAUGACCAUUGAGGCCCUGAAGAGGGACCGCCAUUGCCAGAGCGAGCGGGAGGAUGAGCUGCGGCAGGAGGCAAAGGUCUGCCAGGACAAGUGCUUACAGAAGGAGCAGCUCCUGGCUGCUCUGCAGCAGGAGCUCGACAGCACUCGGGCCAAGCAUGCCUCCCUAGAAAGCCAGCACCACCAGGACCUGGAGCAGAGAGCAAAAGCUGUGUCCACGCUACAAGCCGAGCUGGCGCAGGCCAAGCUGGAGGUGGCUGAGGUGCCGUCACUGCGGGAGCAGUUGGCAGAAAAGGACCGGGCCAUUCAGCAGCUGCAGGCUGAUGCAGCAGAGGUGGGGACACAGCUGGCAGGGCUGCAACAGGCCAAUGCUCGGCUGGCUGAGGAGAACCAGGGGCUCAGCAAGAGCCGCAGCCAAGGGCAGCGGCAGCUUGAGGCAGAACUGGGCCAGGCCAGGGAGCGGCACAUGCAGGAGCUGGAGCAGUUGCGGGCAGCAUCUGAGAAGCUGGUGACCAGCAGCAGGCAGGAGGCUAAGGAGGCAGUACAGAAGCUGGAGAACCUGAGUAAGGAGUAUGAGAGCAGCAAAGCAGCAGCCUUGGAAGAGAAGAAGAAACUCCUGGAAGAGAGGAAGAAACUCCUGGAAGAGAAGCAGAGACUGACAAGUCAGGUGGAGCAGUUGGAGAUAAUCCAGAAGGACCAAACUAAGCAGGUGGAUGAGCUGAAUAAAAAGCUGACUCAGCAUGAGAAGGCCACCCGGACCCAGCAGCAGAGAGUUAAAGCACUCGAAGGGGAGCUGCAGGCAGCGGUCACAAGCCAUCAGGAGAAGAUGGCAGAGCUGCAGGUGCAGCUCACCCAGAAGGAGCAGGCAGCUGAGCACUACAAAGGGCAGAUGGAGAAGGCAAAAAGUCAUUAUGAUGCCAAGAAGCAGCAGAACCAGGAGCUAUCAGAGAAGCUGAAGGCCAUGGAGCACCUGCAGAAAGAGAACACGGAGCUUCGGAGCAAAUCGGAGAGGCUGGCCAAGGAGCUACAGCAGAGCAUCCUGCAGGCCAAGGAGUCUGAGAUGAGCUGCAAGAAUCUUACCAGCCAGAUCCACAGCCUGGAAGCUCAGGUGGAGGUUUCCAAACGGCAGGUGCAGGAACUCGGAAAGUUCCAGGUGAUGACUGCCACAGUAAAGAAACAGGCAGAGUCUGAGGAACUGGUCUGCAUCAAGAACAUCCCAUUGGCUCAGUCCACAAAAACAUCUUCCCCUGCUAAGGGCCGCCUGCACUCAGGUGCCUCCACCCGUUCCCUCACCAGCUUCCGCUCCCAGGAAACUCUUGAAAAGCUGGAAGCCUCCUCUGCAGAGACGACCCCUGGGACUUCAGGCCUCCCUGGGUACCGACCAGCCACCCGUAGCUCCCUGCGCUUGCAGCAGACCAGCAGCUCCAGCCUCAGUGUGUGUGGGCAGGGCCAGAGCACCAUGAAGCUGGGCAUGUGCCAAGAUGAGCCGGAGCAACUGGAUGACUGGAACCGCCUUGCAGAGCUGCAGCGGAGGAACCAGGCCUGCCCCCCCCACCUGAAGACCAGCUACCCCAUAGAGAGCAUGCCCUCCACCUCCUCUGGAACCAUCACGGAUGAGGAUGUGAAGAUGGGGGACCCAGAAGAGACGCUGCAACGUGGCAGCGGGCAGCCCUCUCAGGUCAUCUCCACCGGCAGCCAGAGCAGCACCCAGACCCCCAGCAGCAUCACUACCCGGCAGAGGAAGCGCCUUUUGGAGGAGACCCACCAGAGCCCUGACACCCCCCUGUCCAAGAAGCGAUCCAGGUGCCCACUGCCCCAGACCACCCAUGACCGCAGUGCACAGAGUGGCUUCCAAGUCAGUCAAGACAGUGAGCAGCCAGGCCCAGCCACACCAGCUCAGAGACGCCAGUCGGUGGCUUUCAGCAUCAACAACCCCAGGGUGCUGGGGAGGCGCCUGCUGCGUCGGGCAGUGGCCCAGAGGAGCACUCCCACAUCCUCCAGCGGCACCCGCCAUUCAUCCCGCAUCGCCACCGCCAAGUCCCCAAAGGGCAAGGCCAGUCGCCAGUCGCGCAAGGACAGGCAAUCCUGAGGUUUCCCCAGUCCCUGCGUUGCUGGCUCUGCCCUGGACCCCUACCUGCACCCCCUCACCUCUUCCUGUCCCCCCAUGGCCCAGGAGCGCUGAGGGUGAACAGGUGGGGCCACCCACACGACUGCCUUGCAUAUCCCACUGACAACUGUGGGGAUGCCCUGGGCAUGGCAAGGCCCCCUUGCCCUUCCUGUACCCAUUGUCAUCCCAAACCCUUCUGGGACCCAAGGCAAGGGGAUGCACAGAGGUUGUGGGCUGGAAACACACAGGGGUGCAGAGGAGGGGCUGAGCUGUCCCCAGGGAUAUUCUGCAGCCCCAGGUACAGGGACAGAGGUGAAACUUAGCAUCCCUCACACCACCACCCUUGCUCCCUGUGUGUGGGACCCCCCCCCCACCUGCCCUGUCCUCCUGCU